CACAAUAGAAAGGUCUCAAAAGACAGAAAGAAAAAACUUCUGGACAGAGAAAUCUUUAGAGAGAGAACGUCUUCCAAGUAGCAACCCAUCUGCUGGCCAUCUCUUCCCCACUAUACCAUUUUAACCAGAAUACAUAAAGUAGUUCUUUAUACUUCCUGAGUGAGACAGGUACAGCAAAAAGAGUAGUGGUAGUACUCUUUCAUGGCUGGUUACAGAGCUGAAGAUGACUAUGAUUACCUCUUCAAGGUGGUUCUGAUCGGAGACUCUGGUGUUGGCAAGUCCAAUUUGCUUUCAAGAUUCACUAGGAAUGAGUUCAGCCUCGAAUCCAAGUCUACAAUCGGUGUUGAGUUCGCUACCAGAAGCUUGAAUGUUGAUGGCAAGGUCAUCAAAGCUCAGAUUUGGGACACUGCUGGCCAAGAAAGGUAUCGUGCCAUCACUAGUGCCUACUACCGAGGUGCUGUGGGUGCACUGCUUGUUUAUGAUGUUACCCGUCACUCAACAUUUGAAAAUGUCGAAAGGUGGUUAAGGGAGUUGAGGGAUCACACGGAUCCCAACAUCGUUGUGAUGCUCAUUGGUAACAAAUCUGAUCUUCGACACCUUGUGGCGGUUUCAACUGAGGAUGGAAAGUCAUUUGCCGAGAGGGAGUCACUCUUCUUCAUGGAAACGUCUGCUCUAGAAGCUACUAAUGUCGACAAUGCAUUUGCAGAAGUUCUCACUCAGAUCUAUCGCAUUGUCAGCAAGAAGGCGAUGGAGUCCGCCAAUGACGGAGCUGCUUCUGCAGUCCCCGCCAAAGGAGAGAAAAUCGACGUUGAUAAAGAUGUGUCCGCGAUGAAAAGAACCGGGUGCUGCUCAAACUAGGGUUUUGAACAUAAAUUUGAUUUGCUUUAAUGGGAUGUGGCUGGUUUGUUGUUUUGCUGCAUCUCGUAUUGUACACCAUGAUUGUGUAAAAUUUUCUCAGAGAUGUUCACGUUAGGAGAGAAGGUGACGAAUUUACUGCGCUCAAUUUUAAAUUCAUUAACCCAUGAUUGUUAUAUCAUUUGUGCAAACAAAGAGCUUGAUGAGGGAUAUAGGAUAUUAUUAUCUAUUAGCCCAAA